AUGGGUCUCAAAAUUAAAAUCCCAGGCCACGAUGAUGCUUCUGUUCAAAAUGAUAAUGCAGCUGGGCUGGCACCCGGCUGGAAAUGCCUCUUUAGUUUCACGACCCGGCGACACUUACCAACGCUCAUCAUAGGGACCGUCCUUGCCUUGCUCGCGGGAUGUGUGACGCCUGCACUGGCCAUCUUUCUAGGAAAUGUCUUCGAUUCGUUUACAUCAUUCGGGGCUGGUCAGAUUGCCAUCGAUGGGCUUCGCAGCAAGAUUGUUGCGGGUUGUUUUGGUAUGCUCGGGCUAGGAGCCGCUGGCUGGUUUCUUAAUAGCGCAUACUUUGCGGUGUUUGUCGCAUUCGGAGAGCUACAGGCUUCGAGCAUUCGCAGCAGGGCUUUUACUGAACUUAUACAACGAGAUGUCGAAUGGUUCGAGGCUCAACAAGAAGGAUCGGGGGCUUUCUUGUCGGGAGUACAAGCUCAUAUCCACGAGCUUCAAAUGGCCACAUCCCAACCUCUUGGGCUGCUUCUGCAGUAUCUCUGUCGAUCUUUAGCUUCCCUGGGAGUAGGGUUCUAUACUUCGUGGAGUCUUUCCCUCGUGACACUAGCCGGAAUACCUAUUUUUUCCACCGUCAUUGUCUUCUUAUCCACAAUGAUGAAACCCAGCAUCAAAGCACAGCAAGAGGAGCUAACUCAGGCUUCCAAAGUUGCGAGCAAUGCCAUCAAUUCUAUCGACGCUGUCAAAUGUUUGAACGGCCAGCGGAUAGAAUUGUGGAGCUUCUCAAGUCGGAUUGAGCAAUCCGCUCUCCACUACCUUCGACAAGCAAGGCUCAAUUCUUUGCAAAUCUCGUUCGUUCGGUGGAUGAUGUUCGGCAUGUUCGUUCAAGGGUUUUGGUACGGAAGCUCCCUUGCUAGAAACGGCAAGAUCACAUCUGGCGAAGUUCUGAGAACAUUUUGGGCAUGUUUAACUGCAGCUCAGUCUAUCGAGCAAGUACUGCCACAAAUGAUCGUCUUGGAGAAAGGAAAGGUUGCAAGUGCCAUGCUCAAGUCGAUCAUGCGCCAACCAGCACAGGAAAGGGUUGUGAGCGAGACUAAAGGAGCCCUGUAUCCUGAACACUGCGAGGGUGAUAUCGAGUUGAACCAUGUAUCGUUCGCAUACCCCAGUCAGCCCGACCGUGUCGUUCUCACUCCAUCGACAUUUUUCUUCCCCGCUGGUGAGACGACCUUCGUCAUUGGCAAGAGUGGCUCUGGAAAAACCACACUCGGUCAGCUGUUGAUGCGUCUUUAUAAUCCUACCUCUGGAGAAAUCCUGAUUGACGGGAACCCAAUCGGAGCACUCAAUAUCAACUGGGUCAGGAACAAUAUUACACUGGUGGAACAACGAAGUGUGCUGUUCAAUGACUCCGUGCUGAAGAAUAUCGUACUCGGUCGUCAGGACUACGAGACCGUGUCAAAAGAAGACGUUCAAAAUUCGAUCGAGGUCGCAAUGUUAGAAAGCGUUAUUGCGAGUCUUCCCAAUGGACUUGACACUUGUGUUGGUCCGGGUGGAGAUCACUUGAGUGGCGGUCAGAAACAACGAGUUGCCAUCGCCAGAGCGAGAUUACGCGACACGCCAAUUCUGAUCCUGGAUGAGCCCACCAGUGCUUUGGAUCCUGCAAAUCGAGUGGCAGUUAUGAAUGCGAUCCGUGAGUGGCGGAGCGGAAAGACAACCAUCAUUAUCACUCACGACAUGUCCCACAUCGCCGACCGUGACUUUGUGUAUAUUCUUGAAAAUGGCACAAUUGUGCAGAGUGGGUACCGCGAUUCCGUGGAGAAGCAGCCUGGGAGCGAGAAAUACUUUCGCCCCAUGAGGAAGGAAGGCCAGGAUAAUGGCAGCCUGCAAAAAAACUUAGGAGAAAGGGCAUAUUAUGGCCUUUCUUGGAAUGAACUUUCUCGUCACAGCCUGAAUUUUGAGCCCGUGAGGCCUCCCAGUGCACGCUUAAAUCCAAGCGAAUUGUUGGUUCAACAUCACGCUCGCUCCAGUUCCUGGUCAAGCAUACGAAGUUCAGCUUUGAGGAGAGAUGAAGCUCUUGCCGUCGAUGACACUUUGCUGAACAUAUCGUACGAUCUCAGCAAACGCGGGUCAUUAGUGGGUAUUCCUAGAAGGGAGAUGUCGCCAGUAAGACCAGCCUCUUACUACUCAAGACCAAUGGAAGGAUUCGAAAUGAUUCAAAUCGACCGGAGCUUCCUAGAUGACCCUUCAAGCCACACAUUGUCUGACCACUCAAGUCAUAAUCCUGAUUCAAAGCAUUUGAGACUAAUUCAAACAAACAAGAACGCAAAGUCACGGAAGGGACACGAUGGAAAGGGCACGGCCUCACUAUCUCACAUCAUGGGUACCAUUGUGCCUACCUUGACCCCGAAACAACGUGUGAUCCUCUUCCUAGGAGUCCUCUCGGCUCUGGCUCAUGCCAGUGCGACGCCAGUCUUUUCCUACUGUCUGUCUCAACUUCUCAGCACCUUCUAUGCCGGUACCAACAGCGCCAAGCUAACGAUGACAUGGUCGCUGGCUGUACUUGGAGUAUCCAUUGGAGAUGGCCUGGCUUCUUUUUUCAUGCAUUACUUUCUCGAAUUCUGUGGCGAGGCAUGGAUGGACGCACUCCGAAAGAAAGCGUUCGAGAGAGUACUCGACCAGCCUCGGGCUUGGUUUGAGCAAGAGGAAAACAGCUCUUUCAGACUCACGGCGUAUCUAGAUCAGAAUGGUGAGGACAUGCGAAACCUGCUUGGUCGCUUUGCUGGAUUCGUGAUCGUUGCUGCUUCGAUCACCGUGAUGGCGAUUAUCUGGAGCUUGAUUGUCUGCUGGAAGUUAACCUUGGUGGCCCUUGCUUGUGGGCCUCUUAUUUAUGCGAUUACUCGAGGGUUUGAAGGGGUCAAUGGGAUUUGGGAACAUCGGUGCAGCGAAGCCAGCGCGGUUGCCACGGACAUCUUUACGGAAGCUUUUGCAGAGAUUCGCACCGUCAGGACUUUGACGAUGGAGGGUUACUUUCACAACAAGCAGGCGGACGCUAUCUCGAAAUGUCUGGCAAUUGGGUUGAAACGUGCCAUUUACACUGGUCUGCUCUUCGGCAUGCUGGAGUCGACGGUCAUGUUUGCGAGUGCCUUGAUAUUUUACUAUGGUGCUGUGCUCGUGGCAUCCGAGUUUACCGUCAAUGAUGUGAUGAUGGUGUUCUCGCUACUUCUUUUUAGCAUCGGAUAUGCUGCUCAAAUUCUAUCAUGGAUCCCUCACAUGAACACCUCCCGCGAGGUCGCUACCCAACUUCUUCGGCUUGCAAAUCUUCCAGAAGCCAGUUCCCAUGAACAUCGAGGCGACCUAAAACUUUCCAGACUCACUCCGAUUCAGAUUUCCAAUCUGGACUUCAGGUACCCUUCAAGACCCGAUACCAAGGUCUUGCAGAAUAUUUCUUUCAAAAUCGCCCCGAAUUCAUGCACCGCAAUUGUCGGCCGCUCCGGCUCAGGCAAGUCAACCAUCGCUUCGUUAUUACUGGCGUUAUACGAAGCGCCCGUGUCCAGAGAAGGCAAUCCUACCGUGAGAUUCGGGGGAGCAGACAUAUCACGCUUACACAUUCCAACUCUAAGAUCACAGAUCUCAAUCGUGUCACAGCAGCCAAUCAUCUUCCCCGGAACGAUCUACGCCAACAUCAGCUACGGACUGGCAGACUGGGCGUCCAUACACAGCGUACGUGUUGCCGCGGAGGCUGCUGGCAUCGACGAUUUCAUCCUCUCUCUUCCAAGUGGAUAUCGCACUAUGAUCGGUGACGGUGGCAUUGGACUAUCGGGGGGCCAGAAGCAGCGAUUAGUGAUUGCUCGCGCUUUGUUUUGUGAGCCUCAAGUCCUCAUCUUGGACGAGGCAACUUCCAGUCUUGAUCCUGCGGGCGGGGAGAUUGUCCGUCAAACGGUGCAAAAGCUCGUAGCCACCCGCAAAGACCUCACUGUGAUCAUUAUCACCCAUGCGAAGGAGAUGAUUGAAAUUGCAGAUCAUGUCGUCGUUCUUGAUCAAGGGAUUGUCGUGGAAGAUGGGUCGUACCGAGAUCUUUCGCAGCGAGUGGGUGGGAGAUUAUACACGUUGAUGAAUCACCCUGAGCAAGCAUAG